UUAUUGCGUCCCUUUCUUACUAACUAUGCGGUUGUGAGAGUGAAAAGGAUGUUUAUAUUGGAUUAUCCCUAAUAAAUAAUGUCAAAACUUGCUAUAUUUAGAAAAUAAUAGAUAAUUAAUGUGUGCGUUCGUUGUAAUCAAAUAAUUUAAUAGCGGUGAAUCCAUAGUGAGGUCAGUCUUAGCCGGGGGUAGAUCAGACUAGUGACGAGGCGUCAAGUCUCUUAUACAAUACGACAGUCAACAGCGUACUGCCAAAGCAUUAGGAAUAAAGCGUACUGAGGUGAUUCGGACGAGUUUCUAAUAAUAUUUUAAAGAAAAUUCAUUGAUAACGAGCGGAGUCGUAAAUGAUAUCGCAGUGUAAAUACAAGAUUAGUUUUACUGAGUGUAGCGAAUACAGGCACGAGUGCGGUCGGUUAAUGACAUAUACAUUUUAAAUUACAUUGAAAUAAUAUACGAAAUGGACGUAUCAACAGCAAAGGCCAUCGCCAUGCUGUCCUUGGGAUUGGGCAGCUUCAUAGCGGGAAUGUUGCCAGCGUGUAUCUCUCAGAGUUCGAGGCAGAAACAUCCUUUGUUAAUAUCCUGCUUGCUUUGUUUUGGCGGUGGCGUACUUCUCUCCACCUCCUUGGUCCACAUGCUACCUGAAGCGCGGGAGAAGUAUCCUCAAUAUUCGGAACUUGUUCUCUGCGCUGGUUUCUUUAUGGUUUAUCUGGUGGAUGAGAUCGUUCAUUUCUUUUAUGGUGCAAGUGAGCGGACACAUCUUCCAAGCAGUUUGGGGGAUGGAGAGAUGAGUCACAGAGCGAGUGAUCGUAUGAGAAGUCACAGGUCGUAUGGGAUUGGAGAGGAAACCAGCCUGUUAGCUCGUGGUCUGGGAGCUGCAGAUCAAGAGUUGAGCCAGCGGUGUUGCGGGGACGUGGGGAACCCUCGGAUGUGUCACGUCAGUCACACGGAACCCUGUAAUAAGGGAGCCUCAGGAGUCAUCGGAUUACUUAGCGCUCUAUUUGUACACAGCCUGUUAGAGGGACUGGCCAUUGGCUUGCAAGAAACCGCUUCGCAGGUUCUUCUGCUUUUCGCUGCCGUAGCGUGUCAUAAAUACGUUGUCGGUUUUUGUCUCGGUGCCGAGAUAUGUGCCAGUGGUGUUGGCAGGAUCUGUGCUCACCUGGCUUUCAUCACAUUGUUCAGUGGAGGAUCCGUGGCCGGCAUCGCCAUCGGGGCCGGCGUGGGCAGCGUCGGCUCCAUGAAGGAUUCUGUUGCUGUACCGAUCAUGCAGGCGCUGGCUGCGGGUACUCUUCUGUACGUGACUGUGAGCGAGGUUCUGCCCCGCGAGCGUGCUCGGUGGCACGGCCGGGGGCGCGGGCCGGGCCUUCUACAGAUGGCAUCUGUCGCUGUAGGAUUCGUGCUCAUGUACAUCUCUACCGCAUAUAUCGAUCAUGAUGCUGUUUGACUUCUGAUUUAUCUGACCUACCUUAUUUAGUUUUUUGUAAGAUAAUGUUUUUAAAUGUCUCGCUAGAUAAGUUUCAAUAGCUGAGUACUAUAUUGUAAUGACCUGCUUGUAUUGAGUGGAACUUUGACAAUAAAACCAAUAGUGGUUUUAA